UGGCAUUUUAAGACAGGUUUUUCUAGCUUAAUGGGUGGCGUCAUCUACGGCAUACUGAGCUGAUUUAGAGAAGCCAUAGCCGAACUCUUAGUUAUUUGAAGGUGCUCAUUGUGGUCGCCUAGAACGUUUGCCAGUGCUUUCACAGAUGUGCAUUCCCAGAUGUGCUCGCCAUAGUUUGGCAGUGUGACCUCUGAUACUUCGGAGUCUGCGUCGAUGAGCACAUCGUUGAGGACAACUCGUAUCGAAGCGUACUUACCAGAAACGUGCUGAGAGAAUGGAUCUGAUGAAAGAUCUGGAUGUGUACGACUGCGUCGUCUUCAUUGUGUUGACUGCUGGAGGAUACCUGGUUGGCUUGUACUUUUCUUUGGCCCGAAGACGGCGACAGUCAACACCGAGAAAUGGCAGUGGAGCAUACGAAGAGCUGGAGACUUUCCUGGGUGGUAAAAGCCUUCCGGCUGCCGCCCUGGCCAUUUCAGUUGUGGCGUCAGUGGCGAGCGGCGUUAAUGUGGUCGGCUUUGUGGGCCACUACUACGCACAUGGCUUUCACUCACUCUGGAUUGUGGCUGGCACCGUAGUUGCAUCGGCGCUGACAGUGACUGCCGUAGUGCCUUUGCUCUAUGGACUCCGGGUGGCCUCGAUAUUUCAGUACCUCCGUCUCCGUUUCGACAACAAGGUUGGGAUCACAGCGUGUAUUGUCUACUUUGUCCUGAGCCAAACACUUGGCGCCGUGGGCAUAUACAGUGCUGCUGUUGGAGUUUCCACAAUGUUCCCUGUGCCCAUUCUCUACUCAAACAUUAUCAUUGGCUUAGCAGGAACAGUGUACACGGCUCUGGGCGGACUGCGUGGCGUGGUUUGGGCGGACUGCGCUCAAGCACUCGUGAUGUUUUUAUCACCCCUCACAAUUAUAGCCAAGGUUCUCUAUGACUCCAAAUAUGUGACCCAGCCACUGAGGCCCAUAACCGACAUGAACGUCACCGAAUACAUGUUCAGAAUGAACGUAGACAUGACGAGUGACGACAACUUCUGGAGUUGCCUUAUAGGCGGGCUACCCUACAUCCUUGUGCGCAUGGGAUUCGACCAGAUGGUGGUGCAACGAUACAUGGCAGCGAGUAAUCUACGUGCGGCCAGAGUAAUAGCCAUUGCCGGUGCGGCUGUCGUCGUUUUCUUCUUUCUACUAGUGGCCAUUUCCGCUGUCUGUAUCAUUUAUUGGUACAGAGACUGCGACCCUUUCGUCAGCGGCGAUAUCGGCAGCUACGAUCAGAUUGUUCCUUACUACAUAAAAGAAAGCCUUUCCGACAUCGUGACACUACGUGGCCUUUUUCUGGCAGGGCUCCUAGGUGCUACCACAAGCACCGUGUCAUCUGUAGUGAACUCCCACGCAGCGACCUUUUACAUCGACGUGUUCGGACUGUACUUCAAGUUCAGUGAGCGCAGUUCAGUACACGUCAUGCGCUCAUUAGCAGUCGCAAGCGGGACUAUAAUGACCUUGUUUGCUAUCGUUGUCCCAAUGAUGGGUACAGCAACGCAGCUCUUCCUGUCCCUGUACGCGUCUGCCUCGGGUCCAUUCGCUGGGCUCAUUCUUCUAGCCAUAUCAUCUCCUUGGGUCAAUGCAAAAGGUGCUGCUUGGUCGAGCCUGCUGGUUUGUUUGCUCCAGCUUUGGCACGCAGUUGGGAAAACCUUCUUUGCCGAGACGCUGGCGCCGGCGUUUGUGGGAACGCUUGAUCGAUGCCCUGUGGCGGAAAACAGUACCACUGACAGCCCAAGUCUCGGAGCCACGCCGCACUCCAUGUUGACAAGCAGUUCUCAGGUCUUUCCUCUGUAUGAGCUCGCGUUCUUCUGGAGCUCUUUUAUUGGUGCCUUGCUUACGAUAUUUCUUGGGACUGGACUGAGCCUCGUAACCGGUGGAGCGAAAACAUGUAAACACAACCUCAGUCUCACAAGCCCGCUUUUUCUGAACCUCUGGAGGCGCUUCAAGUUCCUAGCCCAGAUAAUUCAGGUUGACAAAGAAGCAAAAGUUGGCGACGCGAAAUUGCUUCACAGGGAUGAAGACGUGGCCGAAGAAACCGAAAUUUGGCACCGAGAUCUCCUUAAUCAAAGAAGAUAACUAUUUCCUGAAAACUUUGGUAUAGCAACGAACACCGAUGCCAGUGAACUCUUGACAUAGCGCUUCAUGCUAGAAGGGAAAUCAAAGUGCCAACCCUCCAGCAGCGUGUCAAUUCUUACGCAAAGUAACAAACAAAGCAGUCAUCUUCAUUGUCAAAUUAUGCAAUGUCUAAAAUGAUGUUUGCAAUGUAUCCUGCUUCGACAAUCAUCACCAUCAUCAUCAGCCUAUUUUUAUGUCCACUGCAGGACGAAGGCCUCUCCCUGGGAUCUCCAAUUACCCCUGUCUUGCGCUAUAGCUGAUUCCAACUUGCACCUUCAAAUUUAC